UACGUUCUAUCGCCCUGACCACAUGUGCGUGUCAGGGGUCAACGAAAGUUGUGGAAGUCGCAAGUUGUUUACCUUCACGUUUAAAGUCAUAAUCUACGCUAACAGCGGUGAAAAAUGGCACAGCCAUUGCGAACAUGAAACCUUCUCAUGUCCAACUGAAGAGACAGAAAAGGAGGGAGAACAGAAGAAAGAGUCGUGAGAAAAAGAGACUUUGGAACCUGAGGAACGAGUCUCUCACACUUGAAAAAUCCACAGAUACGUCACUGAAGAACUUCCCUGUAGAAGAUACUGAACUUGUGCAGGAAACGAGUCAAACCUUUGUAAGUGGUGAUAAAAACAAAAGAGACGUGAUGGACCAAAAGAAACAGAGGAAGGAGAUGAAACUGAAACAACCUUCUCCUUCAGAUACAAGUAAGACAAUUAAAUCCCCCCCAAAAGCAAAACAUUUGAAAGGUAAAGGCAAAUGUCUUGCAGAAAACCCCACCAAUAAUGACAGUACUACAGGACAAGACUCAAAACAGAAAAACGGGUCAGAAAAGAGACCUUUGUCUCAAGGCAAAGAGAAGCCAACCUUGGCAAAACGUCUAAAAACAAAGAAGCUGGAUGAAAAAGAUAGAGUCAGCACUGUUUCAGGUAGUGGUCUGACUGCCAGAUUUGACUUCAGCUCUCCUCAAAAGCUUUUUGAAAGCAUCAUUUCACCAGUGACAUAUGAGCAAUUCUUUGCUGAAUACUGGGAGAAGAAACCACUGAUAGCUAAAAGGAAUGAUGCAGCAGUGUCAGAGGCAUACAAGGCGCUAUUCUCCAGGGAUGUACUGAAGAAACUGUUGAAGAAGCAUGACAUAGAGUACAUCAGGGAUGUGAAUGUGUGCAGAUAUGUCAGUGGGAAAAGGGAGUCACUGAAUGGAACAGAAAGAGCCACAUGUAAACAGAUUGAUAAGCUGUUUGACCAGUCCAAGGCCACCUUACAGUUUCACCAACCUCAGAGGUUUCAGGAUAAGCUGUGGCAGUUGUGCAGUCUGCUGGAGUGUCUGUUUGGCUGUCUGGUGGGAGCCAACGUGUACAUGACACCCCCGGGCUCACAAGGGUUAGCACCUCACUAUGAUGAUGUGGAGGUAACUACAGAUGUCAUCACAAUUCCACAAACCAUUAAAUUGUAUAUCUUUUAACCCAGCAAAUGUCAC